AUGUACGACUGUACGGAGGACGAUAAUCGAGUGUGCUUGGCGAAUGGCAUCAUAACGAAAGAAAUGGAUCCGAUUUGUCCAGUGGAUGAAACUGGAAAAUUCACAUCUGAGGUUUCUGACUUCCAGGGAAUGUACGUCAAGGAUGCUGACAAGCAGAUAAUGAAGCAUCUAAAGGCGGCGGGUCGACUCGUGCAUCAAAGCACAAUCACACAUUCGUAUCCAUUUUGUUGGCGCUCUGACACGCCACUGAUCUACAAGGCGGUCAACUCUUGGUUCGUAAGGGUCGAAAUGAUGGUUGAAAAGUUGCUGGAAUACAACAGCAAAACUUAUUGGGUGCCAGAUUUUGUGAAAGAAAAGCGGUUUGCGAACUGGUUGCGCGACGCCCGCGAUUGGGCAAUCAGUCGUAAUCGCUUUUGGGGCACGCCCAUACCGUUGUGGAUUAGCGACGAUGGCGACGAGGUGGUUUGCGUAGGUUCUUUGGAAGAACUGCAGGAGCUGACCGGCGUGGCUGUGAACGACUUGCAUCGUGAGAAUGUCGACUCGCUGACGAUUCCGUCUGCCUGUGGUAAGGGCGUGCUUCAUCGAACUCCGGAAGUGUUCGAUUGUUGGUUCGAGUCUGGUUCAAUGCCUUACGCUGAGCAACACUAUCCUUUUGAACACAUGCGUGAGUUCGAGAUCAACUUUCCUGCCGAUUUCAUCGCUGAGGGAAUCGAUCAGACCCGCGGCUGGUUCUACACGCUUUUAGUGCUUUCUACGGCGCUAUUUGGCAAGCCGCCUUUUAAGAACGUGAUUGUAAGCGGCUUAGUGCUCGCCGCAGAUGGUUCGAAAAUGAGCAAGCGCAAAAAAAACUACCCGGAUCCAGUGGAGGUCGUCAACCGGUUUGGUGCAGAUGCUGUAAGACUCUACCUCAUCAAUUCGCCGGUUGUCCGAGGCGAAUUUCUCCGUUUCCGAGAAGAAGGCGUCCGUGAUAUACUGAAAGACGUCCUCAUCCCUUGGUUCAACGCGUACCGGUUCCUGGUCCAGAAUGUGCAGAUGUAUGAAAAGGAGGAACAUACAAAGUUCACAGCCAAACUGGUAAUCUCUGAUAAUCUGAUGGACCGAUGGAUUAUGUCUUUCACUCACAGUCUAGUAGCUUUCGUUCGUCAAGAAAUGGAAGCUUAUCGCCUAUACACCGUGGUUCCUCGUUUAUUGAGGUACGUCGAUAUUCUAACCAACUGGUAUGUGCGAAUGAAUCGGAAACGAUUAAAGGGAGACACCGGGCCCAACGAUCGUCUCGAAUCGCUCGAAACUUUAACUCAUGUGCUAAUCAUUUUGGUGAGAUUGAUGGCUCCGUUAACUCCGUUUCUAGCCGAGACUAUGUGGCAAAAUCUGAAAUUCCUACUGGACGAGAACACGGACUUGAGUCCUGAAGAAUCUGUGCACUACCUGAUGUUACCUUUAUCGAACGCUGAACUCAUCGAUCCGCCAUGUGAAAGACGUGUGAGCAACAUGCAGAAGAUUAUUGAACUUGCGCGGGUCAUCCGAGACCGUAAAGCCAUACCUGUCAAGUACCCCUUGAAAGAGAUCGUUGUGGUGCACUCAGAUGCGGAAGUUCUUGCGGAUGCGGAAUACUUGAAGAAUUAUAUUCUCGAAGAAGUUAAUGUUCACAGUUUGACAACUUCCAACGACCUCAAUAAAUGGGGCGUUCGAGUCGUCGUGGAACCGAAUUACGCAAUCUUAGGCAAACGCUUGAAGAAGGACAUGAACAUGUCGGCAGAAGAGCUCGCAGUUUUCGAGGAGUCAAAGGUAAUGAACGUCUGCGGGUACGAAAUCAGCUACGACGAGGACGUGAAAGUUAGAUACGUUCUUUCGGGAAACGACAAUAGUGGUAGUACGUAUGAACCAGGCUGUAAUUCUGGAUUGACGGUACUGUUAAAUAUGUCGACGGAUAAGGAUAUGCAAGAUGAGGGCUUCGCUCGAGAAAUCGUCAGCCGUAUUCAGAAACUCCGGAAAAAGGCAAGUGUAGCAGCACCUUUCGAGAAUGACCAGAACGUGUUGAAGAUUCUAAACGGCUGGUCGUCGUUUAUUGAACAGAACCUGAAGCAGCCGUUUGUUUUGAAGCUUCCUCAGUCAGACAAUCGCAACGUCAUCAUUAUUCAAGAAGACGUCGAUAUUAAGGGCGUGAAACUCAGCGGCGGACUGUUCUGUCCUUCCGUCAGAGUGCGCUCUCAAGAUGGUAAAGAACUGAUCGUUCUGUUGGAAAAUCCCGUCGGUAGUCGGUUGCUGAGAUUCGAUCAACUAGUUUCAGAGGUAAAUCGAGAUUCAUCAUGCACCCAGCCAGUGAAGAAGGACGACGUCAAGUCUUUGUCAGGCGCUACAAUUUACAUUGAUGCCGAAGUGUCUCAGAAAGCACCGGCUUUGGAACAGUUCGACUGGCUGAAUGUUGUAGUUGAAUAUCCUGACUCAGUGUCAGUUCAUGCAAACGUUGUCCUGCUGCAAAAGCGUGUUGGUUCAUGGUUAGAAGACAUUAUUUUUCAGGUAGGCAUGUUUUGCAAAAUUAUUUAAUU